AUGGCCUGGGUCCCUCUCCUCCUCGCGCUGCUCGCCCACACCUCAGGUUCCCUGGCAGCGCUGACUCAGCCGCCGGCCUCAUUGUCUCACAAGGUGGGAGACACCGUCAAGAUCACCUGCUCUGGGAGUAGUAACAAGUACUAUGGCUGGUACCAGCAGAAGGUCCCUGGCACUGCCCCUGUCACUGUGAUCUAUGCUAACACCAACAGACCCUCGAACAUCCCUUCGCGAUUCUCCGGCUCCUCAGGCACAUUAACCAUCUCUGGGGUCCAAGCCGAGGACGAGGCUGUCUAUUUCUGUGGUGGCUACGACAGCAGCAGUACUGCUGGUAUAUUCGGGGCCGGGACCAUGUUGACCGUCAAAGGCCAGCCUGAGGUCUCUCCCACCGUCCACCUCUUCCCGCCGUCCUCCGAGGAGAUCUCGAAGCAGAACAAAGCCACCCUGGUGUGUCUGCUGGAGAACUUCUACCCCAGCAAAGUGGAAGUGGAAUGGUCUGCUGACGGCACUGUCCUCAAAAACGGUGUGGAGACCAGUCAGUCCCAGCGGCAGAGUAACAACCAGUACAUGGCCAGCAGCUACCUGUCACUGGAUGCCAGCCAGUGGCAAAGUUACAAUUCUGUCUCUUGCAAGGCCAAGCACGAGGCUGGCGAUGUGGUGAAGACGGUGAACAGAUCCGAGUGCCCCUAACCCCACUGGGACCUCCUUGCACCCGCCGGCCCUUUGCUGGCUCGCUCACUCCUCCGCACUUCUGGGGACAGCGGCUCCCCCCAGCCGCACAUCUCGCUCCCCUGCUCCCUGUCCCCUGCUCCUGUCCCCCCACUCUGAGUGUCAGACAAAUAAAAACCGACACUGAACUAGUGCUGGCUCAGCA